AUGGGCGCAGCGGGUCGCGGACCCGUGCCCGAAGUUGCGCCGGCCAACUCCUCGCCGGUGCCGAGCAGCGGCGCCGCGCGUGGAGGGUCGCCGGGGCCAUUUUCGGCUCCGGACGAGCCCAAAACGGGGGCGGGCGGAUCCCCAAUGCGUAACCAAAGCCCUAGCGGAUCCGCCCCCCGCCCGGACAAAGACGCGUCGCUGGCGAGGCUGGAGUGGCUGGCCGUGGAGCACUCGCUGUCGGUGGACGGCGAGCGCUCCCGGGGCUGCCAGUCCGGUCACCAGAAGCGCAUGCGCCGAUGCGGUGGUGAAGGGCCGAAAAGGUAG